GAUUUUAGAAUGUUGCUUUCCGGCUUGACAAAUAAAUAGCCCUUGAACUCCUGUGCCAUUAGUACAUUGCCAUACUAUUCUUUGAAUCUCAAAUUUCAUUAUACAACACUAACCAAUGGCUACCAUGUACUCUCAGUCGGGGUUUCUUACUCGUUUGACAUUCGUGUUGGUUAUUUUGGUAGUCUUACCGUUUCCUUCUCAGUGUGCUGAUCCUGAUCCACUGCAGGAUUUCUGUGUUGGAAUUCUGAAAAACGCGUCAACAUCUCUUAAUGGCUUCCCUUGCAAGCCUGCCUCCCAAGUUACGUCGGAUGAUUUUUUCUUUGAUGGCCUGAGCAAAGAGGGAAACACGGACAAUGUAUUCGGGUUCAGCGUGACACCAGGAAACGUUCUUUCUUUCCCGGGGUUGAACACGCUAGGUCUCUCUAUGAAUCGAGUUGACUAUGCCCCGGGAGGGAUGAAUCCGCCUCAUUCACACCCUCGUGCAACUGAGUCCGGUGUAGUCAUCAAAGGGAAACUAUUCGUUGGAUUUGUGACAACAGACAACGUGUUUUAUUCCAAAGUUUUGACUGCAGGGGAGAUGUUUGUUGUCCCCAGAGGGCUGGUGCAUUUCCAAAUGAAUGUUGGGAAGGUGAAGGCAAUGACAAUCACAGCUUUUAACAGUCAUUUGCCAGGUUCAGUGGUCCUUCCAACUACACUAUUUGCUUCCAAGCCUCCAAUUCCUGUUGAUGUGUUGACUAAGACAUUUCAAGUUGAAGCAAGUGUUAUUGAUGGCAUCAAGGCCAAAUUUGGUGCUUAAAAGUUAAAACUAUAACAGCUGAUAAAAAACAGAAUGAAAAAGAAAAGGCCUAAAACAUAAAACUUUUGCUCUCUGGUUUAGUUUUGUAUUUGUUCAAUGUUCAUCUGGUACAUAGAUCUCCAGGUAUGUAUUGUGUUAUCAUCAAUAAUGCAGAAGAGCAACAAGAAUUCUUUCUUCUUCAUAAGGAUGUGCAGAUUUGGGUACUCAAAUAAUUCUGUUCUUUUCUACUCAUACAAAUAAGAGUCAUGUUGUUUUUUUCCA